AAGAUCUUUUGCUCGCCGCUGGACAUUGCCAGAGGAUGUGGAUCUUACAGCCAUCAGCUCAUCUAUCACACCUGAAGGAUGUUUGGCCAUAGAAGCUCCUAAGAAAGGCAAAGAAGCUGUCAAGAGUAUACCUAUCGUCCCAGCUGUGAAGCAAUAA